AUGUCCUCCAACGUGAUCAUAGACUAUGGCUUCACCGCCGUGGAAGCAUCUGCAACAAAGCUCCUUUCUAGCUCCCAUCCUUCCCUCAAGGCGCCGUACAUCCCGGUCUCUCAGACACCCAUACCAAAGACUGCUCUAGGAAAGCGCAUUCAGGAAUAUGCAAAAUCGAAGCUACCAGAGCCAACAUUCAAUCAUUCUAUGCGAGUGUAUCACUAUGGGCUGGCGAUUAAAAAGUAUCGCUUUCCUGAAUGGGCAUUCACAGACGAAACAUACUACUUGACUUGUCUCCUACAUGACAUCGGAACAACGGAAGAGAAUUUGCACAAGACCAAGAUGAGCUUUGAGUUUUAUGGAGGAUUUCUGGCUCUGGAUAUCCUCCAGCGGAAUAGCGAGGGUCAUGAGGCGACGGCACCGAGAGAGCAGGCAGAGAGCGUUGCAGAGGCAAUAAUCCGCCAUCAAGACCUAUGUGACGUUGGUACCAUCACUGCCGUUGGUCAACUGAUCCAAUUGGCAACAAUAUUUGACAACACUGGUCAAUAUCCUGACCUGGUACAUCCAUCUACCAUAGAAGAUGUAUCCAAGCAAUUCCCGCGCCUCAAAUGGAGUACCUGCUUUGCCGCGACUAUACGCCGAGAGAAUGGCUUGAAGCCUUGGGCGCAUACUACUGCGUUGGGAGUGGAUGAUUUUCCAUCGAAAGUUUUGGGAAACAAGCUCAUGGAACCAUUUGAGUAG